AUUGUGGUAUUGUAUACUUCUUCUCUAGGGUCCUUGGCUUCUUUUUCUUUCCCUCACAGCCUUGAACAUUGAAAGUGAUCUCUCCAGGCUUUGACAAAUGAUCAUAGACUAGUUUUGAAGACCUGUAUAGCUAAACUCUGUGAAAGUAACCAUGGUUUGAGAAAAAGAAAAGAUUUUGCUUAAAACUAAUUAAAACUUGUGUCACCAGUAUAUUAACUGCAUGGAAAAGAAAUGAUGCAGUUAUUAACAUACACCUUCACCUCAGAACGGGACUUUAUUUUUCAUCAAGCAACAGGCCUUAUAGAUUUACUGACAGCAUUCCAUCUGUUUACAAAGUCACCUGGAACAUUCUAUUGAUGCUUCCAAUUUGCUCUGGCACUCAAUGUGGCACAGUCCUGGAAGACUACUAUUACUAACGCUGUCUGAGAACUGAAAAAUUGGCUUAACACGUAGAUGCACACUCCUGACAGCUCAUUCAUGUGCACAAUAUGAUGAAAAAACUUAAACGAAGGCUAUCAUUGACUCUCAAACGAAAUAGGGGCAUAGAUGAGACCCUAUCAGAGUUGGCAGAGCAGAUGACAAUUGAUGAUGUUGCAGCUUUAAAUCAACAGCAACAACCUUCCCUACAACGCCAGAGGUUCCAGUUUCACAGAAGCCAGCCAAUUCUUGACCAGAUGAGAGUACCCUCAGCGCCUUCCCUUUAUUCUCAGCAUUAUCAUUUGUCUACAAAUGCUGAAGAGCAAGAGGAAUACCUGGCACCCACAGGAGCCAUUCAAGAAAAUGCAGCUAGAUCUUGAGCGUGCAGACUUGAACUGACCCGCGUCCAUCCGGGAGAUCUGGGCCUACCAGUCACUUUCUGAUGGCAUAUCGCCCUCACAGACGCUUUCAUGUGUGACGCUCAUC